AUGAAUGAAGAUACUACACAACUGUCUAUCCAAGAUGAAACAUUUCUUGACACAGCAUGUCAACGAAUAUUAUCGCUAGAUAUCAAAGGUUCUUUAUUCGGCGCUUCAUGUCUCAAUGUUGAGACAAAAAUACUCCAAAUCUAUGAAGACAGCCAAAUAAAUCAUCCUGAGGUUUAUAUUGAAUCAUUAGUGGAUGAAUUUAACCCUACUAUUGUUUUUAUAAGCUCUAGAACGACGACCACUGUUGUCUCGCUUCUUGAAGACAUAAAAGAUGUAUAUCAAUUUAAGUUUUAUAUUAAAAUUGUUGCAGAUUUCACUAAAUUUGAUACUAAAAGAUUGGUUGAAUCAUUUUAUAAUCUCGAAAAUAAUAACACUGUACACAUGUUUUCCACUUCUGCAUUGAAAUCCUUAAACCUUCGAAUUGCGUUAGGCACAAUUAAUGCUUUAUGGUUGGGAAUAGCUGAGUUCGUCGACCUUUCAUGUUGUGGUAUUGCAGAUUUAGUUGAUAGUUUAGAAUUUUGCUCUUUCAAAAAUGUUAUGUUUAUUGAUGUUGAUCUGCUUUAUGCCCUCCAGAUACUACCAGAAACUCGAAAAUCACCCAAUAUAAAUUCAAAAUCUCAAAAGUUAUCCCUUUAUGACUUGCUAAACAACACCGUAACCACUGAAGGGGCCAAGUUAUUAAAAGAUUGAGUCAGAAAACCACUAACCAAUAUUGAUAAGCUUCUUGAGAGACAAAACACUGUCAAAAUACUCAGUCAGUCAGAAUUACACGAGAUCAGAUCAAAUAUUAGAAAAGGUUUGAAAUAUACUAAAAAUAGCAAGUCAAUAGUCAAUGGGUUAGAGGCUGGUAAGCUGAAUUGGCAAGUGUGGAAAAACCUUGUUUUGUUUUUACAAAAUGUCAUGUACCUACUGAAGCAAAUCAGACUUGGUUUUCUGGAAGAAAAUUUGCCUACAGAGCUAGCCCUAUUUUAUAACCAAGAAUUGAUGAUUGCCUUUAAUGAACUAGAAAAAUUGAUUCUUCUGUAUGCUGAGCCCAUAACAUCUGAAGAAGACAAUAAGUUGAGAAUCAUCAAUGGUGUUGAUGAUACCCUUGAUGAAUUGAGAAUUCAAUAUAACAACCUUGAAGAAGUUCUUCAAGAAACUACCAGAAUUAUAGCUGCAAAUUUCUUAGAAGAGGUGUUCAAUACCGUUUAUAUACCACAGCUAGGGUUCUUGGUGUCUCGAGAAGCUGAUGUCCAAACUGCUGAUUCCACUUUCAUGCCCAAUGAAUGGCAAGAAGUGUUUAGAACAAGCACCAACAUUUACUACAAAACUGACGAGGUUUGGCAAUUGGAUGAGCAGUAUGGCGAUAUUUACACCUCAAUAAAUGAUCGUGAAAUAGAAAUCAUUCAGAGCAUGUUGGCCAAAGUAUCAGAAUUCAACACUGUAAUCAUCCAAGUGGGAGAAGCGGCAGUAGAAUUGGAUUGUUUAUGCAGUCUAUCAGAAGUGUCCCAAUUUAGGAACUAUUCGUUUCCUUGUAUAACUGAUACCAAUGAAUUGGAAAUAGUUCAAGGCAGACACCCUCUUGUGGAAACGUUUCUGAACAUGUUUGUUCCAAACGAUACAAUAUUUGACUCAGAAGAGAAAAUAAUGGUCGUUACAGGAGCAAAUUUAUCUGGGAAGUCGGUAUAUCUUAAUCAGACUGCGUUGAUAGUAGUGAUGGCACAAAUUGGAUGCGCAAUACCAGCAGAGAAUGCCACUCUUGGAAUUGCUGAUAAAAUACUCACUAGAAUUCUGUCUCGAGAAUCGUUAGAUAAACAACAAAGCACUUUUGCAAUCGAUGUUUAUCAGCUCUCAAAAUGCAUUUCCUUAGCUACAGACCGGUCGUUGGUUAUUGUUGAUGAGUUUGGAAAAGGUAGUGAUCCAAUUGAUUCUACAUCAAUGUUUGGAGGUACGCUAAGCUAUUUCAAAAAGAAAAGUCUAGAUUGUCCCCGUUGCAUUUUUUCUACCCAUUUCCUAGAUUUAUUCAAAGAUAAGGAAUUUUGUAAUAUGUACCAAUCACCAAAAAUAAAAAUGAUGUCAACUGAGAUUUUGCUUGAAAAAACUACAAAUAGUAUGCUAGACAAUGUUACAUAUCUUUACAAGGUGAAACCAGGACUUGCAACAAAGAGUUUUGGGAUAUAUUGUGCAAAACUUUGUGGAAUUUCAGAGAAAGUUAUCCAAAGAGCAGAGUACAUUGCUCAAAUGCUAGAUAACGGAGAUGACGUGGCUUAUGAAUUGACAAAAUUAUCUGAAGAGGAAGAACAAAACUAUUCAGUUGCAAAAACAGUGGUUACAAAAUUUUUAGAAAUUGAAUUUGAAGACGCGGAAUUGUCUAUAAAUGACUCUAUACGCUAUAUGGCCAAAUUUGAUGAAAUAUUUCAAAGCUAA